GCAGAAAUUGGAGAUGAUGUUAGAUUGUUAGUUACGUGCUUAUCACAUUCACUAUUACUUAUAUAAGAGCAGAGAAAGAGCAUGGCUCUGAAAUUGUAACUAACCAACUUCGCUUCAAUCAUUGUUUCCUCUUCUUCACAAUGCUCAAGUUUUGUUCAAUCUUCUCCAAAUCGAAAUCGAAGAAUCUCUUUCUUCUUCGGAGUCGUACCAAAUCUACUUCAAGUUCUCAAUCUUCUCCAGCUGCAUACACCUUCUCCCGGCGCAUAUUUCCGUAUUCCAAGCACUCUUCGCUCCUCGCACCUGCCUCCAUUUCUAGGGUUCCGCCUUCUCGAAGCUUCGCCACCGAUUCAGAGGCCAGAGACUCUAUUGAAUACGAUGUCGUCGUCGUCGGAGCUGGACCUGCUGGCUUAUCGGCCGCCAUACGCCUCAAGCAGCUCUGCCACCAGAAAGGAGCUGAUUUAUCGGUGUGUGUGGUGGAGAAAGGUGCUGAAGUAGGUGCUCACAUUAUUUCCGGAAACGUAUUUGAACCUCGAGCGCUGGACGAGCUUCUCCCACAGUGGAAGCAGGAGGAGGCUCCAAUCAACACUCCUGUUUCUUCGGACAAGUUUUGGUUUCUCACCAAGAAUCGUGCUAUUUCUCUCCCGUCUCCUUUUCACAACAAAGGCAACUACGUAAUAAGUCUGAGUCAGUUAGUACGUUGGUUGGGAGCAAAAGCUGAAGAGUUAGGAGUGGAAAUAUACCCAGGCUUUGCUGCUAGUGAGAUAUUGUAUGAUACAAACAACAAAGUUAUCGGUAUUGGUACAAAUGAUAUGGGUAUUGCAAAAGAUGGUUCUAAGAAGGAGAAUUUUCAGCGUGGUGUUGAGGUCAAAGGUCGCAUAACACUUCUGGCUGAGGGAUGUCGAGGAUCACUCUCAGAGAAAAUAAUGGGAAGGUACAACCUGAGGGAGAAGGGAGGAGCAGAACAUCAGACAUAUGCUCUGGGAAUCAAAGAGGUUUGGGAAAUUGAUGAGAGAAAGCAUCAACCUGGUGCAGUACUCCACACAUUGGGAUGGCCCUUGGAUCAUAAAACAUAUGGAGGAUCUUUUCUGUAUCACAUGAAAGAUAAUCAGAUCUCUAUAGGCUUUGUUGUUGCUUUGAACUAUCAGAACCCUUUCAUGAAUCCUUAUGAGGAAUUCCAGAAAUUUAAGCAUCAUCCUGCAAUCAGACCAUAUUUGGAAGGCGGAACAGUUAUCCAGUAUGGAGCUCGCACUUUAAACGAAGGUGGAUUUCAGUCUAUCCCAUAUCCAGUUUUUCCUGGAGGAGCAAUUAUUGGAUGCUCAGCUGGCUUCUUAAAUGUGCCAAAGAUAAAGGGAACUCACACAGCCAUGAAAUCAGAACGAAGGUCUGGAUAUGGAUAUGUAUUGGAAAGCUCUGAGGAAUUCAUGGAUUUGGGACGAACUAUAUAAAGCUCGGAAUUAUCGACCAGCCUUUGAGAACGGGCUUAUUCCAGGAUUGGCCUUAAGUGGUCUGGAACAUUAUCUACUCCGGGGGAAGCACCCAUUUACUUUGAAGCAUGGUAAAGCCGAUCAUGAAGCUACAAAUGCUGCACAGUUGCAUUCUCCAAUUCAAUAUCCAAAGGCAGACGGGAUUUUGUCCUUUGAUGUUCCUACCUCCCUUCACAGGAGCAACACAAAUCAUGAGCACGAUCAACCUCCUCACCUUCGUUUGAGGGACCCAAAGAUUCCUGAAACUGUAAACUUACCGGUGUAUGCAGCCCCCGAGUCACGAUAUUGUCCUGCGCGAGUAUACGAGUAUGUCGCAGAUGAGCAUAAUCAGCUCAAAUUGCAGAUUAAUGCACAAAAUUGCUUACAUUGCAAGGCUUGUGAUAUUAAAGAUCCAAAGCAAAACAUAGAAUGGACAGUACCAGAAGGGGGUGGAGGCCCUGGAUACUCAGUCAUGUAGAUCUACACUACACAGUACACACCUUUAAUAAACUACUUUAGGCUGCUGGCAUGUUAGUCAUUGUGUAUCAUGUACACCGAAAGGAUAAUGUUACACGGAAUAAAAUAAUACUAAAUUUAAACCCAUGCGUUAUGCAGAAUUAACAUGAA